AUGCCAGGAGACACUGAAAUGGUAAUAUGCCCAUGCAUAGAUUGUCUUAAUGUCGCUCGUCAGUCUAGGAGUGAUGUAGUUGCUCAUCUAGUAACAAGAGGAAUGGAAGAGGCAUACAAGCGAAGCAGUGAUUGGUACCAUCAUGGAGAACUGAAUUCUGGGGCUAAAGGUUUAAGCAAUGAAAAUCAGUGGAAUGAAGAGUUCGUUGGGAUAUACAAAGCUGAUGGAUAUUCAGAUGAAGGGUUUGCAAGACAAGAUUUUUUAGGUGAGAUUACAGAGGGAGAAGACAAGAAAGAAGAUGAGUUCCUUGCUAAGCUAGCAGAUGCUGAAACACCGCUUUAUCCAAGCUGUGUGAACCAUUGCAAGUUAUCAGCAAUUGUUUCACUAUUUCGUGUGAAGACACAUAAUGGGUGGUCUGAUAAGAGCUUCAACGACCUUCUUGAGACAUUGCCGGAGAUGCUACCUGAAGAUAAUGUUCUCCAUUCAUCAUUGUAUGAAGUGAAGAAGUUUCUAAAAUCUUUUGAUAUGGGAUAUCAGAAGAUUCAUGCUUGCGUAAACGACUGUUGCUUAUUCAGGAUGAAGUACAAGAAGCUAGACAACUGUCCCAAAUGCAAGGCUUCACGAUGGAAAACUAACCUGCACACUGGUGAGGUCAAGAAAGGUGUCGCACAAAAAGUAUUGAGGUACUUCCCAAUAAUCCCACGUCUCAAGAGGAUGUUUAGGUCCACGGAUAUGGCAAAGCUAUUAAGAUGGCAUUUCAAUAACAAGAGCAGUGACGGGCGACUACGUCAUCCAGUUGACUCUGUCACAUGGGAUCAAAUGAACCACAAAUAUCCUACAUUUGCUUCAGAAGAACGGAACGUCAGACUAGGACUUUCAACUGAUGGCUUUAAUCCGUUUAAUAUGAAGAAUACAAGGUAUAGCUUCUGGCCUGUUCUGUUGGUAAACUACAAUCUGCCUCCUGAUGAAUGUAUGAAGAAGGAAAAUAUCAUGCUCACUUUGCUCAUUCCUGGUCCACAACAACCUGGUAAUAAUAUCGACAUCUACUUGGAACCCCUGAUAGAGGAUCUAAAUCACUUGUGGAAUGAAGGAGAGUUAACAUACGAUGCAUUAAGUCAGAAUACAUUUACACUUAAGGCAAUGCUCCUGUGGACUAUCAGUGAUUUCCCUGCGUAUGGAAACCUUGCUGGCUGUAAAGUGAAAGGUAAAAUGGGCUGUCCUCUUUGCGGCAAAAACACAGAUAGUAUGUGGCUGAAGUUCAGUAGGAAACACGUUUACAUGUCGCAUAGGAAGGGUUUAUCCCCAACACAUCGUUAUCGAGGGAAGAAGUCAUGGUUUGAUGGGAAAGCUGAGUAUGGGAGAAAGGCUAGGAUAUUAACCGGACGUGACUUAUCUCAAAACCUGAAGAAUUUUAAGAACAAUUUUCGUAUUGUCAAAGAAUCUGGAAGAAAGAGAAAGCAGAGAGAAUGUGUUGGAUCAGGUUCUGAUAACGAUGAUGAAUCCAGUGAAUCAGAUGAAGAGGAAGAAGUAGAAGUAGACGAGGAGGAGUUGUCAAAAUGGAAGAAAAUGUCUAUUUUCUACAAACUGCCAUAUUAG